AGUUUUUGCAUGAGAGAAAUUGCAGAGAUAACAGGUCAUUUUCAUGCUUGACAUGUGGAAAAUCUUUUAGCAUGAAAUCCAUUCUAGUUAGACAUCAGAGAACUCACACAAGGGAGAAUAUAUAUUCAUGUCCUGAAUGUGGGAAAGGCUUUAACAAUCAAUCAAAUUGUAUUCGGCAUCAGAGAACUCAUACAGGGGAGAAGCCAUUUUCAUGCCUAGAAUGUGGGAAAUCUUUUAGUCUGAAAACGUGUCUUGUUAGACAUCAGAGAACUCACACAGGAGAGAAGCCAUUUUCAUGUCUUGAAUGUGGAAAGUGCUUUAGUCAGAAGCCACAUCUUGUUACACAUCAGAGAACUCACACAGGAGAGAAGCUGUAUUCAUGUCCUGAAUGUGGGAAAGGCUUUAACAAUCAAUAUAAUUUUUCUAAGCAUCAGAGAUCUCAUACAGGAGAGACACCAUUUUCAUGUCUUGAAUGCGGAAAAUGCUUUAGUUCGAGAUCAGGUCUUGUUGCCCAUCAGAGAACUCACACAGGAGAGAAGCUGUAUUCAUGUCCUGAAUGUGGGAAAGGCUUUAACAAUCAAUAUAAUUUUUCUAAGCAUCAGAGAUCUCAUACAGGAGAGAAGCCAUUUUCAUGUCUUGAAUGCGGAAAAUUCUUUAGUUCGAAAUCAGGUCUUGUUGCCCAUCAGAGAACUCACACAGGAGAGAAGCUAUAUUCAUGUCUUGAAUGCGGAAAAUGCUUUAGUUCGAAAUCAAAUCUUGUUGCCCAUCAGAGAACUCACACAGGAGAGAAGCUAUUUUCAUGUCCUGAAUGUGGGAAAGGCUUUAACAGGAAAUAUAAUUUUACUAACCAUCAGAGAACUCACACAGGAGAGAAGCCAUUUGUGUGUUCUGAAUGUGGGAAGUGUUUUCAUGAGAAGUCAUGGCUUAUACAGCAUCAAAGAAUUCACACAGGGGAGAAGCCAUUUUCAUGUUCAGAAUGUGGGAAAUGUUUUGGUCAGAAAUCAAAUCUUAUUAGACAUCAGAAAACUCACACAGGGGAGAAGCCAUUUAUGUGUCUUGAAUGUGAUAAGUAUUUUGGUGCAAAAUCAAUGCCUAUAAAACAUGUUGUGGAACAUGAAAGACUCUACUUAGAGGAGAAGCAAUUUUCAUGUUCAAAAUGUGGGAAAUGCUUUAGUUCAAACUCAAAUUUUGUUACACAUCAGAGAACUCAAUCAGGAGAAAAGCCAUUUGUGUGUCCUGAAUGUGGGAAGUGUUUUAAUGUGAAGAGGACUGAGUCGGUGGAGCAUGGUGAAGCAAGAAAAAAAAGCUGGCAUCCCGCCAAACUCACCGAGUUCUUCCCGGCGGUAAGCGGCAGCCAAGAUGGCGCGGGUGGAAGUGCGGCCCUACGCAUCGCGGCUGAUCAUACCCAGACGAGCCCUGCAGCCUCUCCCUCGCUACAGGCGAGCAUCGAGGUCCCCAGCGAUUCGGAGGAUUACAUCCCAGUGUGA